UCAGCAUUAUCCACGGGGGGAAAAAAGUCUCUCUUCGCUUAGGACUUUAACAUCUCAGGUCGGAGAAAAACAGCUGUAAGUUAUUAUUCUGUUUCGGAGGAUUGAGCAGCUUCGACACACUUUAUGUUCAAUGUGUCCUUUAUGAAUGAAUCGCAGUCGUUAUUCAGGCAUGUGAUGUCAGCUGACAGCAGCAGAUGUAGCUGACAUCCUUCUGUCACAGCGGCCAUGGUGGAGGUUUCUGCACUGAGCAGUGGUGCUCUGAUGCGCCGCGGGCCCUACAUCAGCAUGAUCACCAACCGGACCAUGAACUUGCUGCUCCGUGCUGCCAUGCUCUUCAUGGUGGGCGUGUUUCUAGCGCUCGUGCUGAACCUGCUACAGGUGCAGCGUAAUGUCACUCUCUUCCCUCCCGACGUCCUCAGCAGUGUUUUCUCAUCUGCCUGGUGGGUUCCUCCCUGCUGUGGAACAGCCGCAGCGUUGAUCGGUUUGCUGUACCCCUGUAUGGACCGUCGUCUGGGGGAGCCACAUAAGCUCAAGAGAGAGUGGUCUAAUGUGAUGCGCUGUGUGGCCGUCUUUGUGGGUAUAAAUCAUGCCAGUGCUAAGGUGGACUUUGCCAAUAAUGUGCAGCUGUCAUUGACGCUGGCUGCCCUGUCCGUCGGCCUGUGGUGGACGUUCGAUCGUUCACGCAGUGGUUUUGGGCUGGGAGUCGUCAUUGCAAUACUUGCCACACUGGCCACCCAGCUGCUGGUUUACAAUGGAGUCUUUCAAUACACCUCCCCUGACUUCCUGUACAUUCGGUCCUGGCUGCCAUGUAUCUUCUUCGCAGGGGUGAUAACUGUGGGGAAUAUUGGACGACAGUUAGCUCUGUACGAGUACAAAGUCAAUCAGGAGAAGACCCACCAGGAUUAAUGAAGAAUCCUCUGCACACAUGGGAAAAUCCAGGAGAGAGGAGUCAAGCAGGAGCACCAUGACUGACAGAGCCAUCCAUCAUUGAGGAGGAGCUGCUCUCUGUGUUUGAGGAUGGACAGUGUUAUGAUCUGUUUUCUGCCUCCUCAGACGCUCAGGUUCUCUAAGUGUGUAACAGUAAGAUACGAUGUCAUUUACACACUCUCUUACUGUCUUCGGCAGCACUGAAAUGCUACCAGCUGCUGUAAAGUGCCAAACUGACUCUGACUGAUCAAACCGAAUGACUGGUGUGUAAAAGAUGGACAAAAUAUUGAUUGAACUGAACUUGUUAUAUGAUCUUGAUACUGUUGUGGCCUCUAUCCUCUGUGACGAGUGGAGGAGAGUCAUCUGGACGAAGCACCAUCAUCGGAUCUCAUUCUUCAUACAGAAAAAUCACUUAUUAGAAGUACGGAGAGUAAUAUAGAGUAUUAUGACAGGGCAUCAAAUCUGUUGCAUGUCACUUUUUUUUUCUUUUUUUAAGGCCAGCUCACUUCUGCAGUGUCUCAGAUCCACCACUAGUGGGCAUUAGAGCAUAACUGACCCGUCACCCUGUGUUUGUAGACUCAGUGCUAACUAAACACACAAAAGGCAUCAUAUUUUCUAACAGACUAAUCAGUGUGCGGUGUUCAUUAGUUGGGAGGGGAAGGUUGAAGGAGGUUCAACAAGGUGUUGAUUACUGCUUUGAUUACAACUUGAAUAUUUUAUUGUGAUGUAUUCCUCGUUAUAACCAGAUCAUUCCCUGCUAGACCCGAAGAACUCCUCAGUUUUGACUAAAUGAAGCAUCCCUCAGCUCCAGAAAUCACUUCAAGGUCUGAUAUAAAUAGUGGACUUCAGAAUAAAAUAUAAGUGAUUCUUAAUGACGUUCCAUUGAUUAUUACCAAAGCCUUAAAAUAACAGAGAUUGAAGCUCAAAGUAAAGAGGACGGAACAGGCAAACCACCAUCUGUGCACUGAUUUUGGAUAAAUUAAGGGAGUUUUUGUUUUGUUUGUUUUUUAAUUGGGGGGAUAUUUUAUAAAAUGAUGAGUAGAAUGCAAAGUUAGCGGGAUCAAUAUGCUUUCAGUGUUACAAUGAGAUUUGACAACUUAAACAACUGUAGACUUGCAAGAGUAAUUGAGAAUUGUAAAAGAGCGUUUUGGGAUGUUUUGUCAUGCAUGGGUGAUUACUUGAUCCAGGGUUUGUGUUUAACCACAUUUACUGUUUCUUGAAGUUAAAGUUAUAUGUUUGUUAUUAUUGCAUCUAUUAAAAGAGAUUUCCUUUGA